AUGGUUUCAACCUUAGAGGCAUGCCUUGCUGAGAUUACGGCUCCAAAUCCCUGGGUUGGAGCCAUCAUCGUCGGCGCUGACGGCAGCGUGCUGGGCGAGGGAUUCCACAAGGGCCCUGGCUGUCCACAUGCGGAGGUGGAAGCCUUUCGGGAUGCCGAGGCCAAAGGCGUCUCGGACUUCUCCAGAGCUACGAUUUUCAGCACCUUGGAGCCAUGCCACCGUGGCCCUGGCAAGCGCACGCCUCCCUGUGACGAGCUGGUGGUCUCAAAGAGGGUCAAGAGAUGCGUCAUUGGGCACGUGGACCCUGACGAGAACUUUGGUGGCAUGGGCGUGCGUUUCAUACGGGAUGCUGGAAUCCAGGUAGAUGUGGGCAUCGCGGAGGAGCCGGUGAGGAGAUCUUUCCGAAGCUACUUCCAUCACCGGCGGACGGGAAGGCCUUAUGUUGUCCUCAAGAUUGCGACUAGUUUGGAUGGCCGGGUGGCCUGUGCGGACAAGACUUCUCAGUGGAUCACGCAGGGCCCUGCGCGGCAAGAUGCCCACCGACUUCGUGCGGAGUCGCAAGCGGUGCUUGUGGGCAGCGGCACUGCGCUGGCCGACAGGCCAAGCCUCACAGUCCGCCUGGAUGGGGAGCCAGCACCUGCCAAGCCACCACUGCGCGUGGUCCUGGACUCCCGGGGCCAGGUGACUGAGGGACCUCUCAUGGAAACAGCCGCAGCCUCCACCCUCAUCUUUACAAGUCGCGAGCACUGCUCCCAGCAGGCCAAGAAGAGGUGGCAAGAGUGUGCUGUUGAAUUCUGCGAAGUCCCACUGGUAGAGGACAAGCUGGACCUGAACGCAGUGCUGUCUGCUCUCGGCGCACGGGGGGUACUACAGCUCAUGGUCGAAGGUGGUGCAGUGCUUCAGGGCGAGAUGCUGCAGCAAAACCUGGUGCAGGAGCUACGGAUUUACUUCGGGGCCACAUUGCUUGGAUCUACAGCGCAGGCAUGGGCUCAGACACCUUUGACCUCCACCAUCAAGGAGGCGCGCUUCUGGACGCUACGGGAGCUCCGGCGAGUGGGCAAUGACGUUUGUCUGGAGUACGAGCGCUCUGACGACUCUGGUGCUUGA